CUUCUCUAAAAUCAAUUGAAACAAAUAAUUCAGUUGAAGAUCAUGAAUUACAAGUUACGAAUGUGGAAGUUACAGUGAAUAAAAGGAAAAGAGGUUCAAAUCAUACUAAUAUAAAAAAGAGAAGAAAUUAUGAAGAACCUAGCUUGAUCAAUAGUGAUGAAUCCCCUUUAAGAUCAAUUGAAACAAAUAAUUUAGUUGAAGAUCAUAAGCUACAAGUGAUGAAUGUGGAUGUUACAUCAAAUAAAGGAAAAAAAUCUUCGAAUCGUACUAAAGCGAAAGAGAGAAUAGAAAUUGAACCUAGUUUAAUUGAUAGUGACGAUGAGAUAAUUCGAUCAAGUUCUCCGUCUUCUUUAAUUAAAGACAAUUUGCCUUCUAAAAAUAGCACACAACAAAGAGAACAAGCAUCAAAUGCUUC